GGCAACAAUCCACGGCCUCCAGUUCUGAUCAACUGUCUACUGGAUCAUGUGGCCCGGCUGACUGCAGAGGACAAUCUGCUCUUCUCGCAAGAGUACGAGUCCAUAGACCCCGGCCAGCAGUACACCUGGGAGAACUCGAACCUAGAGGCCAACAAGCAGAAGAAUCGCUACGCCAACGUGAUCGCCUACGAUCACUCGCGUGUCAUCCUGCAGUCCAUCGCCGACACGCCGGGCUCUGAUUACAUCAACGCGAACUACAUCGACGGCUACAAGCGGCAAAAUGCAUAUAUUGCCACUCAGGUGAGACGUUAG